AUGAAGUGCUUCCAUUGGGCUGUUGUCCUUGCUGCUCUGCUUCAAACGGCAGCUACAGAAGAAACCUCGUCCAGCAAUGGCGCCCAGCCGCUGGGCCACAUUGUGGUCCUCAAGGAAGAAUUAGAGUCUAGACACCUCGACAGUCAUCUUGAAUGGGUAAAAUCUGUCCACAAGCGCAGCCCGGAUAAUGAUGGCGAGACCUAUCAGGGCGUAAAACACACGUAUGACGGGGAGGACUAUGGGUUUCUUGGCUACGCGGGGCACUUUCCGCCGAGUGUGCUUGAGAAUAUAAAACGACACGAGCAUGUUGACUUUGUAGAGCGAGACCAGGCCAUUACCCUCGUGCUUCCCGGAGAAGAAACGCCAGAGAGCCAAGUGGUUUCCCAAGAUGACAACAAGCAGAGCAGCAGGAUUAUAGGCCGUGGCGGUUUGACCAUGGGACAGGGGUACAAUACGUUUUUGGACAAGGGAGCGAUUCACAACGCCGUCCUCUUUAGCGAGGGAAUGAAUAAGAGAAGCGAAAAUUCUACAGCAGAGUUGGUCAACCAGGACAUGAUGACGAGGUUCAACUUUACGCCGCCCAGCGCAGACUUGACGGAUAUCGACAUGUCGUACUUUGACCGGCCUGAUCCACGCGCUCUCAUAGAACAAGUCCUUGCCGGCUUGGCCAGGGACGGAAAAAACACGACUGCACUCACCAAACGACACACGAGGACUGCUGGCCAAGACGAAUGCAACGGUAGCAUGCGUUUUACGUCGGAGCUGGUCGAAAAUUACGAGCAAGUCCCACCCAACGUCCCAAGUGCUUGUUGUUUUAUCUUCAUGACACAAGCAUCGACAACGUCUGAUACAAAUCAAGUCUUGUUAACACGACUCGCCAGGUCAUAUCUGCAGACGCUUGAAAUAAGCGGCGGCGCAACUCUGUCCGGCUGGGGCCAAAGUGCAUCCGUGUCGGGUGCUUACCUGAACAAGGCAGAGGCAAGUCUCUGUUGA